AUGUCACGAGAGGAGCAAGGUGCCCGGAGGGCAGAGGAAAAUUCCUCCCGUGUCAUCUUCGUGGUGUUUCUCUCGCUGCUUCUCGACCUCCUGGCCUUCACCCUGAUUCUGCCUCUCCUGCCCUCCAUCUUGGAUCACUUCAGCAAGAACGAAGAUGGGCUCUACAAGAGGGUGCAAGCCGGCGUGGACUGGUUCAGCGGCAGCCUUGGCAUUCCACCGGAAAGGAAAUACAACAGCGUCUUGUUUGGAGGUCUCAUCGGCUCCCUCUUUUCCUUGCUUCAGUUCCUGGCCUCGCCCCUCACCGGGGCUGCUUCGGAUUCCUUCGGGAGACGACCAGCCCUGCUGGCCACUGCGCUGGGCCUGAUCGCCUCGUACGCGCUCUGGGCCGUUUCCAGCAGUUUCGAGCUCUUCCUUUGCUCCCGGAUUCUCGGCGGGAUCAGCAAAGGGAACGUCAGCCUCUGCACGGCCAUCGUCGCUGAUCUGCAGUGCCCAAAAGCUCGGAGUAAAGGCAUGGCCAUGAUUGGGUUGGCUUUCUCCUUGGGCUUCACCCUCGGGCCGAUGCUGGGCGCCUUCCUCGUUCUGGAGACGGAGAAGGACCAAGUCUUCUACGUGAGAGCCGCCAUCUUUGCCACCAUCUUUGCUGUGACUGAUUUCCUGUUCAUCUCCGCCUGCUUGCCGGAGACGCUCCCAAAGGAAAAACGGGUGUCCUCCAUGACAUCCAGCUUCCAGUCGGCCUUCAACCUGAUCAGUCCCUGGGCCUUGUUCCGGUUCUCGGCAGUACGUCAGAAGAUGGGAGGACCCUCCAGAGAUAAUCUCCAGAUCCUGGGCUUGGUGUAUUUCCUAUACCUUUUCCUAUUCUCUGGCCUGGAAUACACGUUGGGUUUCCUGGUCCAUCAGCACUUCCAAUUCAGCAGUCUGGAACAAGGGAAAAUGUUUUUCUGCAUCGGUGUCACCAUGGCUGUGAUCCAGGGGGGCUACACUCGCCAGAUUAAGCCCGGAGCAGAACUGAGGGUGGUUAAAACGGCAAUAAUGUUGUCAGCGCCUGGCUUCCUUUUAAUCGGCUGGAGCCCUAAUAUUAUCGUCCUCGGUACAGGGCUGUUGUUUUACUCUUUUGCUGCAGCCGUGGUUGUCCCUUGCCUGUCUACAGUGGUAUCCGGCUACGGGCUGGACAGUCAAAAAGGGACCGUGAUGGGCAUCCUAAGGAGUCUGGGGGCGCUUGCGAGGUCUCUUGGGCCGGUCGUCUCAGCGACAGUGUACUGGCUGGCCGGAGCUGAGGUUUGUUUCACCGUUUGUGCCUCUCUCUUCCUGCUGCCCUUCGUCCUGCUCCGGUGGAUGCCAAAGCCAAACAAAGAGGAGUAAACUACUCGGACGACCAAGUUUCUCCAGAAAACUCAAGAAUUGAUCCUGGAAGACCUCACCAGAGCAUGGAUGCUAUUUUUCACAGCGGCCUUCUACCGUCUUUGCCUGAAUUUGAGCAGAGGUCCUUCCGUGGGAAUAUCUCUGUGUGUGUGUGUGUGUGUGUAUGUGUGUGUAUACCAGGGUCUGAGCAAAUGACCCAUGAAAAAGGCUCUUUGGA